CUUUUCCUUCUCCUCAUCUCUCCAGUCCUCUCCCAUCUGUGCACCACUCUCCAGGUCCCAUUGUCUGAGUGAGCCGUCCCUUGAACUUGUGAUGAUGUGUCGUCCGCCAGGAAGGUGCACAAUACCUUCUACCCAGUCUGUAUGGCCUCGCGUCGUCUGGCAGGGCGCGACCAUCGGUGUCUGGCUGGUUGUGGAAGACAUGGUUCAACUACUGGGCCAUGUAAUUCGAGAGUAUCUUGCCAGAAUAUGUGGAUUGGAACGGGUUAUUGUGUGGCAAGGAAUGCUGCUAAGUAGUUUUUUUUUGUUUCCAAUUUCUGUCCAUUGGGGUAAAGUACCCUAUGUCAGACAGUACUAACUAGUCUAUAAGGCCCCUGCCUUUUCUACUUC